AUGGCCGUUUCAAUUUCAACCUCCUCCAUAACCCUAUCUUCUUUGAACUCCUGCACUCGUGUGGGUGCUUCUUCUUCUUCUUCUUCGCCGCAACUUCAAUUUCCUGUUCGAACUCGCUUUCUUCCGAUUGGUACUCGCCGUCGUCCCGCUUUCUCACGCCCUAGAUUCCUGGUUCAAGCAAAGAAACAAACAUUUUCCUCUUUUGAUGAUUUGCUUGCUAACUCUGACAAGCCCGUAUUUGUUGACUUCUAUGCAACCUGGUGUGGUCCUUGUCAAUUUAUGGUUCCCGUACUCGAGGAAGUAAGCACGCGGCUUAAUGAUCUGAUACAAGUAGUUAAGAUUGAUACUGAGAAGUAUCCCAGCAUUGCCAACAAAUACAAAAUUGAGGCAUUGCCAACUUUCAUCAUCUUUAAGGAUGGAGAACCUUUUGAUCGCUUUGAGGGAGCAUUAACAGCGGAUAAGCUAAUUGAACGCAUAGAAACCAGUCUCAAAGUUAAGCAAUAA